GUGAUGACUUCGACGAGGCCGUGCGGAACUCGGCAGGGAGAAGCCUGGGCUCGUCGGUUGAGGUGGGUCAGCCAGAGGUACCAUCAAGCUACGCCUUGUAUCCUCGGCUCUCCAUGGACACCAAAACAGGCGUCUCUAGCCAGUUCUGGUGUCCCCUGAUUCAGUCCGUGCCCGCGCACAGACGAGCCGCACCUCCUAGGAUGCACUUCUUGACCGAUCCGGCCGAGCCCGAGGGAGCGCCUGCGGGCCAGGGCCACGAAGACCUCGUCACUGUGCUGGAGGACCGUGCGAGGGCGCGCCACAUGCGCAGUGGAAGCCUCAUGUCCCAGUUCAUGAGGUCAUUCGCUCAGAACAUGAAGUAUGCCGUUCUUCAAGACAGCAAGGGCGACAUGCCAGAGGAGGAACGGCAGCGGCAGAUGCGAGCCAUUGAGGCUGCAAAGGCUCAGCAGGAGCAGCAAGGAGGAUCGGGCUGGAGCGCGAGCCCCCGAGAACCGACUCACGACUUGGCUCUUCUCCAACAUCGGCCCAGGAGGCAGCCGGCGGCCCUUCAGGCUAGUUGGCAGCGAUUCAUAUCUUGUCUUUACGAGUUUCAGCAUCUCCGACUUCAGUUUGGAUUGUCGGUGAUUUUGCGGUGGCUCUUCGGGGACAUGUGGAGAGCGGGUCAGUUCUGCUUGGCAGGCGAGCGCAGUCAAUGUGACCGAGCUGCCGGUUCUGUAGAACUUCUUGCCGACUCGAUGUAA